CUGUUGUUGUUGUAAAAGUAGAUUUGAGGGUAUGAGGUAGGUACAGCUUUUCAUUGGCUUCACGGAGUGCUAGAGUAAUGGUUCUGUGGACAGAGGGUUUUUUUUUGGCAAGGCUUAAGGACUGAAGGGAAGAGAGAGAGAGAGAGGGCGAGAGCGCGCAGUGCAUCAGUGGCAGAGCAGUCUCACAAACGCACUCUGUGCUGGUCCACAGAAAGAGCCUCAGUGUUUUCACUUUUCUUUUUCCUGGGAGGGCGGAGGAAGCAAAAAAAAAACGAAGCCGGCGACCCUGGUCGUAAAAUGUCGACUCUCGAGAAGGCCAGAGGGAGAAAAGUUGUGUCGCAGCCUGGUAAGGUUGAUGUUCCAAGUACUCACAGCUUUAAGGAGAAAGUAUUUAAGAAGAAAAAGAACUGUGCAGUAUGCAAGCAACCAAUCACGUCACAGGGAAUCUUAUGUCGUGUCUGCAAGUUAGCAAGCCACAAGAAAUGUGAGCCCAAGGUAAUGAGCAUCUGUGUACCUCCAGCUCCACGGAGCCUGGAACUGCCAAGAAAGGGUACUGGAACCGUAAAGAAUAUUGAGCAUUUGGGGUCAACAAAAUCUUUGAAAAGCACCCAUCAAAGAAGCACCCUACCAAGGAGCUUCAGUGUGGACCACGUCAUGGAGCGAAACUACGACUUUGACCUGACAUACAUCACAGAGCGGAUUAUUUCAGUCUUCUUCCCACCAGUGCUUGAGGAGCAACGAUACCGCAGUAAUCUGAAAGAGGUGGCCCAGAUGCUGAAAUCCAAACAUGGAGACAGCUACUUGCUUUUCAAUCUCUCCGAAAAGAGGCAAGACAUUUGCAGACUCAACCCCAAGGUUCAUGACUUUGGCUGGCCUGAUUUUCAUGCUCCUCCCUUGGACAAGAUCUGUGCCAUCUGCAAAGCCAUGGAGAUGUGGCUGAACUCAGACUCCCAUCAUGUCGUGGUUCUACACUGCAAGGGCAACAAAGGUCGAACAGGAGUGAUCAUUGCAGCAUACAUGCAUUACAGCAAGAUCUCUGCAGGGGCUGACCAGGCUCUCAGCACACUUGCCAUGAGGAAAUUCUGUGAGGACAAAGUGGCUCCUGCGAUACAGCCUUCGCAGACCAGGUACAUUUAUUACUUCAGCGGCCUGUUGUCUGGAGCAAUCAAAAUGAACAGCAUGCCACUGUUCCUCCAUCAUGUCGUUAUCCCUGCUAUUCCGAGCUUCGAGCCUCAUGGAGGAUACCACCCAUUUCUGAAGAUUUAUCAGUCUAUGCAACUUGUCUACACAUCAGGAAUCUACAGUGUCCAAGGCCCUGGGUGUAAGAAGCUGUGCAUCUCCAUCGAGCCAGCCUUACUGCUGAAGGGAGACAUAAUGGUGAAAUGUUACCAUAAGCAAUACAAAAACCCGGAGCGUGACGUUGUUUUCCGAGUACAGUUCCAUACUUGUGCUAUCCAUGGCACCCAGCUCUGGUUUGGAAAGGAUGAACUGGAUGAUGCUUACGGAGACGACAGAUUUCCACGAGACGCUGCAGUGGAGUUUCUUUUCUCUUCAGGUCCAGAAAAAACAAAAGAUGGAGACCAUUUGAAGAAUGACUCUACUGUGACUGUAGAUUACAACACAUCUGAUCCUACCGUCAGAUGGGAUUCUUACGAGAACUUCAACCUUCACCAUGAGGAUGGCUUGGAAGAAGUAUUACACACACGAGGUCCACUAGAUGGAAGUCUCUAUGCCAAAGUGAAGAAAAGAAGUCCCAGCACUGGCACUGCCAAUGGUAGCCCAUUAAGUGUGGUGUCUGUUCAUUGUGGGCACACCUUGUCUGUCAGCACGGACUCAGGUCACUCCACUGCUUCCAUAAAGACAGAAGAGCAGAGUAUCAGUACGAAGCCUGCACCAUCACAAGUAGAGAAGGAGCAGUUGGAUCAGCUUCUCAGCGGGUUUGGCGUGGCCGCAGUGAAGAACACGCACAAUGUGACCGCACAGACUGGGUCAUCCUUGCAGAACCGUGCCAAUGGGCGACCUGUCGCCAAUGACAGGGAGACGGACAUCCUGGAUGACGAUGAUGCCUGUGAGAUGAAUCGGUUUGCCACUUUACCAAGAAACAUUCAUAACACCAAUCAUCCUUAUCCUUUCAAAGCCAACCAGCACUCGCCAGAGCGCAGAAUACCUGGAUAUAGUCACAGUCCCGAUGGGAUUCGAAAUGAUAUCUACUAUAGGCCUGAUCUAACACUGGACCGAAGACGGCCCAUGUAUGAAAGGAAUGUGCUACAAUUGAAUGACGUGGGGCUAGAAGGCAGGUCACAUGAUUCUUAUGACCAUGUGAAAAACAUAGAUAGCAUUCACCACCAGGCCUCAAUGUUGGAAAGAAUGAACUACCAAAGGCCAUGCAAUGAAGUACUUCAAGUUUACCCAUCCAUGUUCCAUCAGUAUCCUUGUUCAGAAAGAUUGCAUCAAGGACCUAUCCACCGAGUAAGGCUUCGAGAUGAUACCCAGAGAGAUCAUGACCUGAAAACAAACAAGAACCGGCUGCUGGAUUACCGUCAGGUGGAAGGUCUCCUUGACGGACAGCAUGUCCAAUUUCUUGAGCAAGAUGCUUCUGAGAUUAUGUCUCAUGGAUGUGCUUGUCGGAACUGUUCCUUGAAGAUGUCAGAAGAAGAGAUCGAGAGAUCGGCAGCAGCAUUUAAUACACUCAAGCUGGAUCAUGACUCCUUGUACCAGCACCCUUGUCCUCCGGACCCAGACAUGUGGCAGCAUGAGCAUUUGAAGCCACAUUUGGUAAACCACCCUAUAAGAAAUGGUCAGGCACCCCCACCAGUUCCUUUGCUGAUGCCUGAGCAUUCAUACAGCCAGUACCCAAGAGGACAUGGAUAUAGCCCAUUCAGUUAUAACCACAUACAUACCAAUAUGGCAAUUCCAGCACCAAUGGCACACACUUAUCCCUCACAGAUUCCAGCCUCUUCACGUGGACAGCUUCAGAGAGGCAUGGAAGGAUCUCCUGAAUCAUGUACACAUUUCUUAAGGUAUCCGGAAUUGAAGUACAGCCCAGAUUUUCAACAACACUCACACUGUGGGUGUCCAUAUGACCAUUAUCAAGAGCAACACUGUGCCAGUAGGAACUAUGAGGGCUUCCCAGGUAGUCCACUCAUGUCGUCUUCAGUGCUGGGGCCUCCUGCUCAAAGUGGUUCCACAUUGCCAGUGACUCCUAGUUUAAUUCCACUUUCAUUGGGAAAGCCAAGAACAGCAAACGGAGAUCACCAAAGUGGAGAAGCCACUGUUCCACACCAGUCCUCUGAAGUCCAAUUCAAUCCUGAUCCAGGAUCACGUGGGCAAGAAGCGUCUGUGUCCCAGAGUUCUGGGGAAAUUGAAACACCUGAGGUUCAGCGGCAACACCAUCGAGAAGGCAUGGAAAUCUGUACAUCUGUAUCGAAUGUAACUGAACCUUCACCCCCUGUAUGCACAAGCAGCCCUGCAUCUAAUACUGAAAGCAUUGGGACAGUGGAGGGUGGACAUGCAACACCAGUCCAACCAUCGAUGGUUCCUGACCCACAAUGUACAACUCCACCUGGGACAGAAGCAAACCUUCAACCCCCUGUCUCUUCUGGGUUGGGGAAAAGUGGCUUGUCUGUCGGUUGUCAUAGAAACGAAAGCCCUAGAAGUCCAAGAGACCAUCCGUCGAGCAGCCAGCAAGCGACUGGCACGGAGACCAGUGCAGCUCCAGUUAGCCCUGGGAACUUGCACCAGGCAGGCACUGUCGAUACUCAGUUAAAUGUAAACCAAAGUAAAAGGCUAGACAGCCCCAAUGGACUUUCCUCAACCUGCAGCCUAGUGUUCAAGGGUCAUCCAGUCGAGAGCUUCUCCGAUCAUUAUGUCGCCAACACGCCUGGGAGUUCACCCUUUGUCAGACAUCCAGUGAACAGUGCCCUAAGUGUCCCAUGUUUUAUGAACCCCUCAGUGCAGCAUCCGUUGUUGCUCCCAGAUAUGGUUGCUCCUCAGUCCUGUCAAGGGAGCCCGGAUUCACAAGCCCCUCCGACUCCUGCCUUCCCAAUUUCCACACCCUACUAUACUCCCUUGUCGCCUGCCGAAGUGUUCACCUACCAAUCGGGAAGCCCAGGAGGCCUCCAGCAGCCACCAUUGCCAGAGAAACAACGCCAAUCCUCCAGCCAAGGAUUGAGCAACGGAAGGUCGUUCUCUCCAACGCUAAGAAGUCUUCAUCAUACUCCCGCUGAAAAUGCCUCACACCAUGUGACCUUCUCGCCCACCACUUUGGACUUCUCAAUGUCAUCAUUGACAGAUGGACAUCAGGAAAACCAGAUCAGUGCCAAGUUUGUCCAGGAUACCUCAAAGUUUUGGUAUAAACCGAACAUCUCCAGAGACCAAGCUAUCGCCCUCUUGAAAGAUCGCGAGCCAGGCUCCUUUCUCAUUCGAGACAGCAAUUCAUUCCAGGGAGCUUAUGGCCUUGCCCUCAAAGUGGUGACACCUCCAGCUAACCUCAGCUCACACAGCACGAAAGGUGAUCCCAAUGAGCUGCUGGUCAGGCAUUUCCUCAUCGAGACAGGCCCAAAAGGGGUGAAGAUCAAGGGUUGCCAGAAUGAGCCUCACUUUGGUAGUCUAUCAGCCCUGGUUUAUCAGCACUCCAUCACACCCAUCUCCCUGCCCUACAAGCUAAAGAUUCCAGACAAAGAUCCCAUGGAUGAAACCCAGGAUAAUGUUGCCCCUGGCAACACCAGUACUGCUGCAGAGUUGCUCAAACAGGGAGCGGCUUGCAAUGUAUUGUAUAUCAAUUCAGUGGAGACAGAAUCCUUGACUGGGCCACAAGCAGUCGCCAAAGCAACUAUGCAGACUUUUGCUAUGAAGCCUCGGCCUACCGCCACUGUGGUACACUUCAAAGUUUCAGUCCAGGGCAUCACCUUAACAGACAGCCAACGAAAAAUUUUUUUCAGACGCCAUUAUCCAGUCAACACAGUUACAUUCUGUAACCUAGAUCCACAUGAUCGAAGGUGGACCAACGCAGAUGGUACAACAUCAAAAAUGUUUGGUUUUGUGGCAAAGAAGCAGGGCAGCACUUUGGACAAUGUCUGCCAUCUUUUUGCUGAGCUCGACCCAGAACAGCCUGCAUCAGCCAUUGUGAAUUUCAUCACCAAGGUCAUGCUGGGGCCCCAGAAGAGAUGAAGCCUCGUUUCAGAGAGAAGCCAAGGGAACGAGCUGGUAAAGAAAGAUGGAUGGCUACUUCUGUCUCACCACUGCUGUCAGACAUGAAAGGAAUGAGCUUCCUUUGCAUCAAAACAUUUUUUAAAACACAAAAGAAAAUAUCUUUCUCUGUUUCAGUUCAGCCAGACCUUGCUGUAGCUUCUAUCUAAAUAUUCCGAUGACAGGAGAUUUCAUUAAUAUCAGUUGAGAGUUGAUUGCUCUAGCGUCAGGAAGGGACAGCUAAGAAGGGCUUGACCUCAUUGUAAUCAUAUUUUCCCUCAGAAACCAUCAAGCCUUUAGAAACAAUGACAAGUCACCGCAAGAUAUGUUUCAGUGGCGGUAAUGCUGCGGUUUGGUGGAGGCUUUUUCAGGUCUAUGUUAAAAUGCAGAAGCUUGGUCACUGACUGAUGCCUGUGAACAUUAUAAAGUGUGGGAAAUGGAGCUAGGAGCUGACAGUGAGAAAGGGUGUUUUCAGGCGAUUAAAGGAUAGUGGGUGACUCUUAUUAGGCAUCAAUAUAUUCAGGUUUGUGAAAUCAGGGGUACGCUAUUAUAGAUACAGCAGAUUCAAAAAGACAGUAAAUCCUAUACUGGCAGAUCAUUGGGACUGUCCUCCAAGUGUACAUUGACAGGCUCCCAGUUUACAACACAUACAGUCCUCUCAGUCUAAUGUCAAUAUCAGCCCCACACUGGUCUAACAGUGAGAUCACCCAAGGCACGAUGUCAGAAAGAGUGUGAAACUGAUGAUAACUUGGUGCAAUUUACCUGAUAUAACAAUCAAAUGUAACAGACAUGGUAUUCCUUAGUGUGAAGCAUAGGACAGGUCAACUCCUAAAAUUCAUUUCAUUGAAUUACUGAACGAGUCAUCUAACACUGUAACACUUCAAUCAGAUUAAAGCUAAUUCCAGGACUUUUUUCUUAACACACACAUUGAUGGAGAUUUCUACAAACUAGAGAGUGCAAUUAACGAGCAGGGCUCGAGGAAUAUGUGGGAUACUAAACUCAAACAAACCCAGUCAGACCCAGGGAUCGGGCCUCUGUGCUGAGUUCACCUGAGGAGUUGGGUGAGGAGGGUAUAUGGGUGCAGAUAGCAACAGGCUCAGGUACAAUACUGCCCCACACCUAAACGGUGUGUGUGAACAUUUGCUGUCUGGAAUAUACACAUGAUAAAUGGACACUUAGACAGGUAAGGUGUAGCAUCUCCCCAAUCAUGCCUUCCAACUUAACCUUAGAGCAAGGGUGACACCCUCAUUUCUGAAUGUUUUGUUACACUACAUGACCUUAUCUCUUGAAACAUAUUCACUGGCCUGUUCUGGACUAAACACUGUCACUGAUGUUCCAAUGCUAACCCAAGCCUUUUAGAGUCUGAAGAAGUGAAGUUGCCUGUCCCUCACAUCUGUAACUCAUCUUCAGAAGAUUUCCCACAUGUAAGACAGUUGGUUAUUCAGGGGUUUCAAUUAAUUCCCCACAGCAAAACAUUAUGACUCAGCUCCUUGCUCCUGUUCUGCUCCCUCAUCUAGUUUCCAUUGAAGAAAAGAUGCUAGUUUGGCUCCUUGCCAUGCAAUCUUCUGCAUGUUUUUCAAAAGCAGAAUUAUACCAUCAUCGAGUGGGUUUUAUUUUCAUAACAACAACUUAAAGACUUUUGGACAAUGGCAAAGUUACUUCUUUGCUAUACAUAUCCCAAUCAGACAAAGUGUUAUUGAUGGAAGUGUAACUGUUCCUCUCUCCACGGUUGCUUCCUAAUCACUGAGGAUUUCUAAUAUUUUCUCUAUUUAUAUAAUCAAACUUGUUCCCUUCAUCAGGUCAUGCCAAUCACAUUCUGAAUUCCUGAGCACAGUACAAAUUAAUCACACUAAACCUUAAAUGUGCAAAGAUUGAAACAAAAUAUUUGAAUGAUCCAUGAAAUUUAAUGUCACACCUUCUAAAUAAAAGUAUACACAAACCUUCUGUUCUCCUGGGAAAGCAUCUGUUGCACCUAUUUCAACAGAAGCAUUAAAUGCACUAAAACAGCAGAGAUGACCAACACAGCAGCAUCUAUAUCCCAAGAGGACAGACAGAGAGAAGAAUAUUGUCCAGCUUUAACUGAUAUCACGUUGAUUCCUUUUAGCCAGUUCAAUGUGCCCACCACUUACUCCAGUAUCAUUGGAUCUUGGAACUGUGAGGAUGUUAGAAAGUGAGGAGAUGGAGCCUGAUCUUUUCUCAUGCAGCAGUUCCUAUGUGCCACCCAGUUCCCCCUCCUCAGAGCCAAGUAAAUGAACCGAGAGAGUAUGAAUUAACCUUGAUGAAUGAGAUUGCAGUGAAUCAUUUGGACCAAAUGAGAUAUCCUGCAAAAAUGCUUUGAGUGCUCAGUUGCCUUCACAAUGGUCAUGUGAAGUAUUGCAAGGUUGUAGUGUUGAACGGGACUCAGAAAUCUCACAGUGUCGUAUAUAUAAUAUAUUGUAUGAGUAUGUGUAUAAUAUAUGUAUAUGAACUUGGUGACAAAAUGGAAUAUUAUGAAAUCUCAGAAUGGAGUUAUACUGCCUGACAGAUGGUGAGUUAAUGCGAUAGUUGUUGCUGUGCUUAUUUUAUUAAAUAUGUAAAUUUAUUUGGACAGAUAGUUAGAUGCCAUUUGCAAACACAAUAGUUUUGAAGUUUAUAACUGUGGUUAGCAUUUCUAUUGGGGUUGCUGAGAGGAAUCUGAAUUCACAUUCUGUUGUGUCGUGAAGCCAUGGGCAGGACACAGGCUUCACAGCAGCUUUAAAUCAGACAACCUUUGACAUCAAAUUAUGUCAGACUAAUCAAAUUAUACUGGUAAAAUAUCUUCUAAGUGUAUUUCACAAGGGGGUGUGGGGAAGGGGGUAGAACAAGGGACUGGUCAGAGGUAUAACUAAGCUGAAGUCAAUAUAGUGGUUUAGAAACUGCAAUGCCUAUGACUCAGUCAUCAGUAAGUUACUCUCCCAGCCACAUUGCCCAAAGCAGCCAUGGUUGUGACCGAGAACAAGAUUCCACGCCAUCUCGGGUUACAAGAGAUCAGGAACAUUUGGUUCAGUAAAGAAAAAUAUAUUUUUAUGUUCUUAGUCAGAUAUAGACAAAAGUAUUAAUCAGAGAAAUCUCUAUUGCAAUGAUAAAGUCAGUCCUAAAAUGUCAAUCUGUCUCUGCCAAAUGUGUAUAUCUAAUGAUAUAUUCAACAUACAGGUCUCUUUCUGAGAACAGUGACUAUCAGUCAACCAGGGGCUUCCCAUAGUUUCGCCUGGAGGGAGGAGGAAAGGGUGAACAGAAUUGUUGUUGAUGAUGAAGUAAACACAAAGAAUUGCAGCUGCUGGAAAUCUGAAACAAAACAGAGAAUGUUGGAGUAACUCAGCAGGUCUGGCAGCAUCUGUGGAGAGAAAAAGGGAGUUAACAUUUCGAAUCCAGUGACCUAGAUGAGUUUCUCCAGCAUUGUAUUUUUGUUAUUACUGAAGGUCGGGAGAGUUAGGGAAUAUGUUUUACUGGUAAUGUGGUUCCACGUUUAACCUAACGGACACAGGUUGAAACAAACAAAACUUCUGGGGGCAACAGUCUGGUUAAGUGAGGAAGGGACAGACACACACUGGGUGCCUUCACUAGUCAAGGCCUCACCGUGUCACUGGAGUUGGAAUGUCCUCGGAGUACCUCUCUCACAUAUCCAUUGUAUAAAUCAGAGGAGAGAUGCAAGUCAGUAGGGAAUCAGCUUGUGUUAGAAUCCUUGGCAUGAGAGGGAAAUGCAGCACUCUGAAUUGAAUGUGUGCAGACAAUCUGAUUUCAAAGACAUGCAGAGGAAACUGGCACAUAGCCACUGGAAUCCCAGAGCUGCUUUGCCAAUUGCUAUCUCUUCUGGACAAUUGUACAGGGGCUUAGAGAAAAAAAGAACUAUUCUCCCAAAGGGUGUGGCCAGUGCUUUCCGAGCAAUGUGACGGCCCCUGCGCUGUGUUAGGGGAAGCUGUGUCCAAAUCUCAGAGGCUGAUCAACACAUUAGACAAGGUAGCUGAGGAAGUACAGAUUUGAACUGCUUUCAUCAUAUUGUAUAUUACAUAUUUUAAUCAAAGUCUAUAGUUUUAUUUGUAUAGCUCAGACAUUUAUUUUACCUGAUAAUGGAGAAUUUAUGGAAAAAGCUUUAGUCAAGAACGUAUAAUAUAUUAUACUUAUGCUGUUAUUUACUUUUGUAUUUUAGUGUUUUAUCAAUCCAAUGCCAGCUAAACAAAGCUCCAUGUAUUCUUUUGUGUGUAUACCACGUGUUCAUAUUUUCUCUCCAAGUAUACUACGUCUCUAAAGAAACGAAAGAUCAUGCCUUGUCUUCUCACUUUGAAUUGGACUCUGAGGGUGUCUUGUUCAAAGCCCUGAAGCUGGUUGGUGGAAUGGUCAGCUUGGGUCAAGUCACAAACAGCCCAGGAUUUUAAUUCUCCAUCCGGCGCUCAGGGAAUUCAGUCCAAACAGAUUACCAGAGGCCCCAGCACCCCUCAUUCAAUCAGUUCUCUAACUGAUACUGGGGAGCAGGGGUCACAUCCAUUGUUUCACAGUCGGCUAGCCUGCCAAUGUUGCCAUGAAAAAUGUUUUCAGUGGGGUGGGGAAGGGGGGGGGGGUGCUUUGAUACUGAAGUGACCAUUUGUUUCCCAGAUUUUUACCUCUUAUUUCCUAAAAUGACAGCAUCAUGUUUAAUAGUGCAUGAUUGAAUUCUUAAGAGAAUAUUUCUGUUUCGUAGUAUCAGCAGUGAGAAAACUGUCACAGCAGUGCCUCCUGCUGGAAGAUGUGUGACACGGUUGGAACUUGUCCUAAACAUUUCCUGUGCCAAUUCAGAGUUUAUAAGAAUCUUGUGCUGCAAUGUGUAACAGAAUUUAAUUUGUUAAUAAAACAGCAGUUGCGAGAAA